AUGGCCGACGCAUCUCCACCGCAUAGAUCGCACAGCAAUGUGCAACAAGAAUCUCCAACCAUUCCAGUGUUUCUCUGCAUCAACGUCCUUCGCCUCUUCCGUAUACACAUCCGGAGCCAAAGAGAUCUCGGAGCAUUUCGGGAUCCCCCAACAGUAUCUCUGCUGGGUCUUUCCCUUUUUCUUUGGGGUCUUGGACUUGGAGCCAUCAUCGCGGCGCCUGUCAGCGAGUAUUAUGGUCGCAGGAUUGUAUAUCUAACAACUGUUCCAGUAUUCGGGCUUUUCAUCCUAGGCUCAGGACUAGCACAAAACUUUGCCACCUUGGCCGUCUGUCGCUUUUUCGCCGGCUUCUUUGGGAGCGCAGUGGUUUCAGUAGGCGGAGGCACAAAUGCAGAUAUCUGGCAACCUAGUCUAGCGGGAUUGGUCUAUCCUUUCUACUUCGUGUACCCUUCUCUUGGGCCAGCUUUGGGACCUGUCAUCGGCGGUUUCGUCAGCGAGAACGCGGACUUCCGCUGGCUCGAAUGGGUAAUUCUCUUCGUGAUCACCUUCAACUACCUCUACUCCCUUCCCCAAUCCGAAACCUACAAGAAAAUAGUCGACGCGUGCUACAUGAAGUACCAGGGCCUACGACGUCAUUUCUUCGGACACGAUGGCCAGCGCGUAGCUUACUUCAACCGCCUGGUGCCACAGGACAAUGCAUCCCCAACACCGGACCUCAUUGUCGACAGCCUCAACUGCCGCGAGGUGAGAGAGGCGGUGGAACAAUGGCAACCCGAGCUCACCAUCGUUUCGGGUACCAAGUAUAUUGGGCGGAAGCUGACGGAGCGCGCCGGGCUGAUGAUCAACCUGCAUAUUGGACAUCUGCCAGAGUACAAGGGAAACCACUGCAUCUUCUUUGCUCUGUAUGAUGGGGCGGUGGACAAGGUAUCGGCGACUUUGCACCAGCUAACGCUGCAGCUGGAUGGAGGCGACAUCUUGGAUAAGGUCUUUCCGUCAGUUUUGCCAGGCGACACCCAGGAGACGCUGUAUUCACGGUGCAUUCAUAUGGCAAUGGAUAGGAGCGGACAGGAAGAACGUUUCGGCACUGCGACCGACGGCGGCCAGACCAUUGGAAUGACUCAAAGCGUCUGCAUGGUCACCAAUCAUGCCGGUCGUGUUGUACAGCCUCCCGCCGCCAUCUUCCAGUCAGAAUCAUUCUCCGACGUCCGCGCAGCCGGGAUCCUUCAAGGCUUCCGGGUCGCCAGGGUCGACAAGACUUAG